CUAAUUCAGCGAACGAAAAAAAGGUUUUGGCAGACAAAUUCCAGCAAAAUCCAAGGUAUUGCAAUUUGAGUUGUUAUGUGUUCGAUUGGCUCAAUGCAUUGCUGAUUCAGCCAAUGACCGCAGCUAAACAAAAAAUUGACUCCCAUUCCUCUCCUACUAGCUGCACAUCCUUUGAGUCUUCCAGGUCAUCCAUCGCUUCAAAUAACUAUCAACUGUGUAUGGAGAACUACAAUCAGCAUAUGAACGAGAAAUUGCAGUGGACUUCUACCAUGGACUUCAACUUCAUCACCACCUAUGUUGAGUGGAAACAAACGAAGAAAUGGGACAAUCACAAGACAAAUGACCAGAAUUAUGAUAUGCUUGCCACAUGUUUGCGGGAACAAUUUGAGAUGCAGGUCACCGGAGGCCAAUGCCAAUCAAGAAUGUAUAGGUUUAGGAAGAAGUGGAACGUGUUUGCCAAUCUUCGUGGUUUGUCAUCGAAAACGGAGACUGGGAUUGGCUGGGAUGAAGAGAAUAACUGCUUUACGGCUUCCGACGAGCACUGGGCCCAAAUGGAAGCGGUGAACAAAGAGUACAAAGAUUUCAAAUUGGCUGGAAGUUGCUUCCUAUAUGAUCUGUAUACUCCAACAACAUUGGGAAAAACUGCAACAGGCAGCUAUGCACAAUCUGCAAAGCAACCUGUCCCCGAGGGCGAACACCGACGGCCAGUUGUUCAAAAGCCACAAAAGAGCAAAGGAAAGGCUGCAGCCUCAAGUUCAGCUGCCUCUGACUACCAACAGUACCCUUGGGAGGGAGAGGACGUAUACUACAUACCUCCGGUACCUGGAGCGUCAUCUGGAAAGCGUCCUGCCUCAAGUCUUGGCACUCUCGGAGAUCGUGAGGGAUCUAGAGGUGCUAAAUCAACAAAAUCAUCUAGUGAUAGGGAAAAACUAGAUGAUGCAAUCAGCAAAAUCUCUCGCGUCACCACCGCUUCGCAUGAGUUUAAUCAAAGUCGGUAUGAAGAGGAAGCAGAAUACAGUGUACCGGUAGUUCAAGACAUGGUGAAAAAUAUGCAACUUCCAAAAUCGGUUAAGCUGAAAGCGACAAUGUACUUUGCCGAAAGAAGAAAUGUGGGACAAAGAUGUGCAUUCGUACGCUUUGAUGACGCCGAGCGCUAUGAUUACAUUGAACUCAUUAUGGAGGAGCUUCGCUAUGGCAAGCCCCCACAGUGAAGCGCAUCAUACCUGUGCACAACGGCUUCUGUCAAUUUUCUUUGUCUGCUUGUGUCAAUUUGCUUUGUUAAAUUAGACAAAUUUCUAGAAUGGUGGCUGAACUUUACCUAGCUUCUGUAUCGGUUGCUUCUUUAUUGUGUGUUGUGGACUUUUCUUCCUAGACUUGUGUC